CGCCCAAAAACCAUCCAAUUGCUCAAUUGUCCAGAACCAGAUAUUCAUACGUACUCAUUGCCAUAUACAAUGCCUCUCGUCAUUUUGCAUCCCCUCAUACUUCUCCACAUAUCCGCCGAACCCGCUUCCCCUCUGUUCUUCAUUGUCUCAGUGAUCACCUGCAUUUGAAGUUUCUUCACGAACCCAGUUUCAGCUUCCAUAGUUCAAAUCGAACACAACUUGGCAACAACGCAGCAAAGAAUGCGAAAGUUGGUCUGAAUGAGAGGUUCUGUGUUGCCUUCGGUCCAGAUGAAAAAAUCCUUUGCAUGGCGGCCGCAAUUGAUGAAGGAUAUUAUGAUCAUGUCCAAGUCAAGGCCUCGUCCACCAUUGAAAAGACCAACAUGGAUUAUUGCAUUGGUUUCGUUCGUCUGUGUUUUUUUAAUUGUAGCCUAUUUCUACCCACCGAGAAGCUCUGCCACCUGCUAUCUCUUUUCUUCUAGUGGUUGUACUGUGUUUGGAAAGGAUCCACCUGGUCCUGCAAGGGAAUUGACUGAUGAUGAGACUGCAUCUGAUGUUGUAGUUAAGGAAAUUCUCAAGACACCUCCUCUUCAAUCAAAGAACCCCAAAAUUGCUUUCAUGUUUUUAACUCCUGGUACAUUACCUUUUGAGGAGUUAUGGGAAAAUUUCUUUCAAGGCCAUGAGGACAAAUUCACUGUUUAUGUACAUGCUUCUAAGCAAAAACCAGUACAUGUGAGCCGUUAUUUUGUUGACAGAGACAUACAUAGUGAGCAGAUGCCAUUAAUAAUAAAUUUGCAGGUCGUUUGGGGAAAAUUUUCGAUGGUUGAGGCAGAGAAAAGACUUUUGGCAAAUGCACUUUUAGAUCCUGACAACCAACAUUUUGUCUUGCUGUCUGAUAGCUGUAUACCACUACAUAACUUCGAUUAUGUAUAUAACUAUCUCAUGUACACAAACGUCAGCUUUAUUGAUUGUUUUGUUGAUCCUGGUCCACACGGAACUGGCCGGUAUUCAGAACAUAUGUUGCCUGAAGUUGAAAAGAAGGAUUUUCGGAAGGGUUCACAGUGGUUCUCUAUGAAGCGGCAGCAUGCAAUUGUCAUGAUGGCAGAUAGUCUUUACUAUACAAAGUUCAAGCUUUACUGCAGGCCAAACAUGGAUGGGCGCAACUGCUAUUCGGACGAGCAUUACCUACCAACUUUCUUUCAAAUGAAAGAUCCUAGUGGACUUGCGAAUUGGUCAGUAACAUAUGUUGAUUGGUCUGAAGGGAAGUGGCAUCCAAGAGCAUAUAGAACUCAGGAUGUUACUUAUGACCUCCUUAGGAACAUCACGUCCAUCGCUGAGAGCACACAUAUUACAAGCGAAGACAAGAAGCAAUUACUGACCACUCCUUGCUUGUGGAAUGGGAUGAAGAGACCCUGUUUUCUAUUUGCCAGAAAGUUUUAUCCUGAAACUUUGGGGAAACUGCUGCAGCUUUUCUCCAAUUACACAAAAGUCUAAAUUUUCUUUUGGUUCUGUCAAUGUCAAAUGCUUCCUUGUCAUCCCUCAGUUCUGGUACAUAGCUCCCUUGAUUAUACUUUGCCACUUUAAACACACAUUCUUCGGAUCCUUGGUUGGAUAGAUUUUUGCCAUGUCAGUGAAGCUGUCAAGAGAUAUGGCUUGGAUUGGUGGUUGAGUUGAGAGGAUGCUUGUUGUAGAUUGGUUUUUAUUUAUGUAUUCUAAAUUACUGAAUAUUGAAUGAUAAAUGCAUUCAAUUUCAGGUUUUUGACAUUGUUCCAAA